AUGGUGAAAUUAUUUGUAGACUUUCAGCGAUGCGUCCUCACGAAACUGGACAUUAUGAUCGAAAAACAGGAUGAAGGUCUUUCUAUUUUGCGGAUGUUACUCGGUGCCACCAGUAAAGCUACUGCUAAUACAGAUGUAAUGUUAGAGGACAUAAUUCCAAGUCCAGUCGACUCUGUUGACGAUUUAAAUAAAUUGUCGUCUCGCCUUGACGAUGAUCAAGAAUUUACGAAGAAAAUGGUAAGUAUUCCUACAAAUACUAUUUUCAUUAUCCAAAGUGAAGAACGCUGUACAGAGUAUAUAUAUCUACCGGGUGGGGCAAAACAAGUAGUACGACAGUUUGACAAUAAAGUAUAAUGCAGCUCAAGACAUUAAGUUGUUGCAUGUUGUAUGUAUUAAUAUUCAAUAAGCCAUUUUUAGCUAAUUUUGUCAGUUCCAGAAAUGUUUUCACUUGUUUAAAUGCAUGUAUCUUUGUCAAUAUGGCAUCGAAAUGGGCAUGGCAUGUAUCAGGAUUUAAGUUGGAUAUCGCUGAAUGCCAAUAAAUGUGUUUUAGUGCCAUUACUCUUUUAGUUUUUUAGUUCACUUACAGUACAACCACUGUGAAAUUCGACUUCAAUUACAGUAGAAUAUAAUUCUUUUCUAACAUAUUUAUAUAUUUUAGGCAAAUUUAUUGAAUUUAUUCUUCAUUAAUCAUUAGUGAGUUUUUGAAAUAAUGCAUUAACAAAAUAUGUUCUGUGUAUUUACUGUUGUUACAAUUUAUGGAAGCUCUCUGCGGAAGCAACUGUGGGAUAAGCACUAGGAGCAUUCUUGCGAAAGUUGGCAGUAAUAAUCUGUGGUCUAAUUACAGUCUGAAAGGAAAAAAGUCAAAACUGCCUUUCAAAGACCUUACAAUUUGCAGGAUUUUGAUAAGUAAGUAAUUUGUAUUAAUCUUUUUUUCAUAAUUUCAUCAGUCAUGGACAGUGGCGGAAACUAGCUUUCAUUUUGAAAAAUGUAACAUGUGGGCCACAUGCUACAAUACCUGGCCAAUAUAGACUUGCUCCAAGUCUCUCUUUCAUUGUCAUAUCGAUCCACUAUAGUGUACAUUACAUGACGGAGAGGCGGAGCAAGAAAGAGAGACUUGUCAACUUCGGAAAAUUUGAAUUUGGUUAUGUAGAUAUCGAACAUGUACAUGGUCAACAAACAUUGUCGUAUUUAUAAUUACAAGGUUACUUGUAUAUAUAUGAAUUUUCUGCCAUAUUAAAAAUACUGAAAUCUGCUAGGCGUUCUGAAGCACCUUUAGCGGUGACGUCACAUCUAGGUCCCAGUCUCGUACCACAUCCUCGUUUUUUCUCGCGCAUGCUUCAGAACGACUGGGACUACGCUGCACUUUACCUAUAGAAUCGAUUUCUGACAUUUCCAGAGUCAUACGAUAGAAACGUCGCGUUGUUUUAACGUUGUAAAAUUGUAUUUACGGUUAGGACUAGCUCACAGUCAGACCAGAAAUGGAAAUACGGUGAUAAAAAUGCCACUUUGAAGAUAUAGGCUCGCAAUGUGCUCUCAAAAAAUUUUAGCAAAGUUUCCACCACUGGUCUUGGACUGGAUUGCAUGUCCUUGCCAUAAAAUAUUACCCUAAAUUUUAGUUUCUAAUGUUCAGCAAAACUUCUAUAUACAGUAUUGUUUACAACGUCGCUGCCAGCGGACAUUGUUGUUGCAAAUCUUUGUCAAACUGAUUUAAACAAACGUUGGGUUAUAUUUAUGUCAUGGGUCAAAUAUAGGCUUAUUAUGCAGCCAUCCCUUUUUAUAGUAUUUAUGUCUGCGUCUUGGUAGAUAAAUAAAUUAAAUCUCUAUUUCACCUUUAACUUUAGAAGCUUGCAGAAGAGUGCACAAGAAGGCUAAUGACGUCGAUGUCGAGUGGCAGAUCGCAGAAUUUUUGAAGCAUGCACCAAACAAGCCAGGAGGCACAAGAUACAAGGUAAAUAUUGAAUAAUUCACUGUAAUCCAACUGACACGCCUAGAGAGAACCUUUCUAAACAAGUUCUUUUUUUUUCAGGACCGUGAAAGUCACAAAGAUUAA